GUCGCUUGUUUAAUUCAUGCCAAGUGCGUGCAGAUUUUGGUCGAGGGCCGGUCAUGUCCACAAGUCACUUUGUCAUUUCGAGUACCAUCGUACUUCAGUCGAUUCGCGUUUUUUGGUAGUUUUGUUAUUGUUAUCUCAGUAGAAACGUGCAAGUUUCGAAUGAACUCGUGUCUCGUGUAAGUGCACAUUUGUUGAAUAUAAAAGACGACUAUUUGCUGCCCAGUUAUCUAUUUCGAUUGAAGAUCAAUACUGUAUUACAUUUAUCGCCAUGAGUUCGAUAGAAAAGUUGACGGACGCUGACGUCGAAAAGUUGGAGAGAGAGGACGACGCGAGUGAUUAUUCAUCGGUUAUUUUCUUGUCCGAAGAUGAGGAAGAAACCAACGACACUACGAACGAGAAUUACUUAUCUCUCACAGUGGAUGAUUCUUUGAGGGAUAAUUCUAUGCGUGAUAAUUCUAUGCGUGAUGCUGCUGUCGUGCAACAGGUCGUUGUUGAGGAAGAAAUCGUUACAACUAAUGUAAGCAGAGGAAAUAAAACAACACCUGCUGCUCCUGCCGCUGUUGAUUUCAACUUUGCACCAGUGAGAGUGGUCGAAGUGGCUACCAAAUCCACGCAGACAGAAGAAGCAGACUUUGCGACAAGUCAAGAAAGUAGUGUUUCUACAGUUGCGGUUCCCAGAAAAUUAAGAUCUUCUAUAGGACAGAUCAUAAAUUCAGAGUCUCGACAUCACAGUAGCCCAGCCAAUUCAACAAUUGUCCACAAUUUUAAAUUGCCAAACAAUCCAACUCAAAAUUUGACUCAAAAUAAUGCUUCUAACUCGCAAAUUACCCAAAAAGAUAGUAGUGAAGAAAGAAGUCAAUCUGUCCGUAGGACAUGGAAGCAAACAAGAACUUAUAAAAAUAACAGAGUUGAACCUUAUGAAAAUCAAAGUAGAAGAAACUACCACAGAAAUCAUGACGAUAAUGAUUCUUGGAAAAAGAAUUACUACCGAAAUCCAUACAAUCAAAAUUACAGAAGAAGAAAUAAUUUUUGUGGUAACAAUUACUAUUAUAAUAAAUAUGGAGAAUGGGUAUGUGACAGGUAUAAUCCCAAUCAAUACUAUGGUUACAACAGCUACAACAAUCGUAGCAAUCAUAGUUUAGGUGUUUACACUAAAGGCUUUAAAAAUAGACUUUUCAAUAACUUUGUUACCUUCAUGAACAAUGUUUUUUCAUACGACCCAUAUACUUACUACGAUAGAUACUGAAUCUUAACAUUAGUAAAAUAAUUUUUUAACGUUAAAUUUUUUUGGAUUAUCUUUUCCUGCUUGACAACCAUUUGAUUGUUCUUGAGC